GCUGUCCCUGGCCACACAAAGGCGGCCACACACAGCCCCGGCCCAGCAUUGGUAGCACUAGCAGCAGCAGGCCGGGCUCUGGGAUGAGGGGAAGGCCGCGCGUCGUAAUGUCGUUUAUGUUUUUUUGAAGGAAGCGUGUAGCCAAUCCGCACUCGCCUUGCUUUGCCUGGCAGCCAAUGAGCACGCCCGUUAUUGUUUAGCGUCCCGCUACUCCGUCGUGGAUAGGGCAGCCGUUAGUAACUCGCAGCAGCCGACGCCUGCUCCAAUUCCGUCCUCUCCCUCCUGUGUGUACUGCGGCCACUACUGCUCUGCGCUCUCCUCCCAGCACCGGGCCGUACGCAUCGGAUCGGAGGCCUGUAUGUGCGCACCAUGGCCGAGCUUCCCAGAGACCCGUCCUCCCUCACCAAGGAAGAGCUAAAGAGCGAGCUGGUGGCGAACAAUGUGGCGCUGCCGCCUGGGGAACAGCGCAAGAACGUGUACGUGAAGCUGUACCGGGAGGUCCUGGCCGCCCGCAGCCGCGGCACGCCGGACUUUUCCAGCGACGAGGAGAGGUCCGAAAGGAAGUCUACGCCAAUGCGGGGCAGAGGCCGGCCGCCGGGACGGAAAGCAACUAAGAAGACAGAUAAGCCAAGCGAAGAGGAGAAAAUUGAGCCAGAUGUAACUGAACUUGGUAACGAUGCUCUGAGGGAGGAACUACUUAAGUAUGGAAUAAAACCUGGGCCUAUUUUAGGCAGUACAAGAAAAGUUUAUGAGCAAAGGCUUUUAAAGAUUAAGGAACAGCAACUCACAUCUAUGACUCCUUCUGUAGCAGAUUUUCCUAUUGCAGACAAUAACAAGCAAAAUGGAAACACAGAUUCUAGACAAUACAGUGAUAAUGAAGAUCCCAAGAUAGAAUUGACACUUGAGACAAGAGAGCCAUUGAGGGGCAAGCUGAAGGCUCAAGUAUCAUCUCGGUCCAAAAGACCAGAGGAAAAUGAGACAGCUGACGAUACUGAAUUCAUGUCGGAAUUAAAUGUGAAACGGAAAAGCAUGUUGCCACCAAAGAAAUUUCUAACAGAAAUCGAGGACUUAUCUAUCGAUCUGAUAAACACUUCUGAAGAUGCAGUUUCUGAUCCUCCGAGGAUUUUGGAGCCUGAGAAAAGUGGACGACUACAGGCUGUCUCUAAAGAGUCAACAAGAGUAGCACGAAGAACACCAAGGAAAAGGGUGGUAACUGCUGGAUCACUAGCUUUUGAUGAUGAUGCAGAUAUUUCAGAGACUGCUCCUGUAACUGAAACUAUAUUGCCUUCAAGCAACCAGACCCUAGCUAAUGCAGUAUAUUCUCAUUUUGAGUCCCGUCAGGUUGGUAAUCAAGUGACCGAAAGUUUCAAGCACACAAACGCUUUGCGGUCAGUCAGUGAAUUAACAGAUUUGUCGAGAAGGACCCCAAAGAAACAGCUGCUCAGUGAAAAUUAUUUGAACUUGCUACAGCAUAUGGAUGCAGAUUCUCUUAGAAAGGUUACUGAUGUUCAUAUUAUUGGUCAUACAAAUUCCAGUGAUCUUCUGAAUACAGCCCUAAUAGAGGAUACUGGAGAUAUCAAUGGUGACUAUAUGGAGACACCCAAAAAGACAAGACAAUUGAAAAUAACAAAGUUUGUAACCCCCCUUAAAAGACAGAUCAUAGAAAAAACAUUUGAAGAAAAGAGAGAAAACAAAGAUAUUCUAAAGGAAAUGUUUCCAUACGAAAUGUUGACUCCAACAGGAAUAAGCGCCAGCUGUCGCAGACCAAUAAAAGGAGCUGCUGGUCGACCCUUAAGUCUCAAAGAUUUAGAAAUGGAAGAACGCUAUAGUUCUAAGUAUGUCUCGAAGUACCAACCAGUAGUUGAUGUGAAGGCUCCAAAAAUGAAAACUGGACGUUCCGUGCCUAUCUGGUUAAAGAUCCUUUUCCUUGUUAUUGUGGCCGUGUUGUCAUUCUUGGUUUAUCAAGCUAUGGAAACAAACGAAGGAAAUCCAUUUUCCAAAUUGCUCCAGGGCAAACAAAAUUUAAAUGAAGAUGAAAACUAAGUUUCAGUAUUGUACCGUUGAAUUAUAUUUUUAACAGUCCUGGGAUUACAAAAACUGCCGUUUCUCAAAUUUGCAAAUCAUGUGACUGCACUUCCCAAACACUCAAUAGAUGAAUAAAGGUGGUACAUAUGGACAUCUGAAACGUGUUAUUUACUGUGGACAGCUAGAAAAGGACUGUGCCAUAAUGAGUAAUAUUAUUUUUGUUAAUCUCUGAAGCAUUUUGUAGUAUUUCUUCUAUUUUUAACAGGAACGCUUUAGUUUAUUUUGAUAGAAUUACUUCAUUUGGAAGAGGAGAGUGUAACUUGAUGUGAAUCCUUUUUCAAAUUUUACGCAGAAACAUACAAUAAGUGAUAUCAUGCUUUUUAGACAGCUUUGUGUGAGAUGCUAGAAACUGGCAAAUGUAUUUCAAAAUGGUAAUGGGGAAAUAUUUUGAUAUAGAUAUGUAGAGUAGCUUGGCACAUUGAUUCUUAUAAAAUACAUGUUUUUUUUAUGUGUGCAUAUUGUUACAUAUUCCUGCAACAUGGAUUUUUUAAUACAGUUGAAAGCUUCUAACCCAUAUUACAUAUGAUCAUAAACACAUUUGUUCUUCAUAAUACCAUUUAGAAUAAAAUUAAAAUAAACUUUUUUUUUUUUUCAAAGAAUGAAAAAUUUUCAGCUUCUACAGAUGUGCACUGUUGGGCAAGCAGCAUUCAACAAAAUGUGAAUCCCCUACCACCGCUCCUAGUCUAAUCCACCUUGGGUUGCUUAAGUUUGUUUUCUAAAAUUUAGCAUCCCAUUCCCUUUUCUCGUUGCAGGAAUAUCAUGGUUGAUUAUGAAUAAAAGUGAUCUUUUCAAUAA